GGCGGUAAUGUACCAAUCCACUGUUUGUUAUCCGCUAAUGGACGUCAACAAGAAGAAGAAGAAGAAGAAGAAGAAGCGGACGAAGAAGAAGAAGUUCUUCCAGCGAGCAUUAGCAGCUAACUGAAUGAAUGAAACUGACUCUCAGUCAGAUUUAAAAUGUUUUCUAUUAACGUACGCAGAUCAGGAGCUCGUGCUGUUAGUCGGUACUUGCUCGGUAACGGUUUGUUUCUGCCGCAAACAGCAAAGUUUUCCUCCUGUUUGAGAGGAAGGAGCGGACAGCAGCUCGCGGUCCGGGCGGCUGGAAGGUCGUUCAAUCAGGUGAAGUCCAGCCGCCCCAGCAGCCACGGUCUGUCCACCGCGUCCGACUCCGAGGACGGAAACCUGAUUUACUCCGGCAGCCUGGGCAGCGCCGUGCGGGGGGUGAAGAUGUUCUCGUACAGCACCAGCGGUGCCAGCCUCUUCCUCAUGCCACAGAUCCUCCUGAAAACCGGAAUCGGGGUGAAGAGCGUCGCCCUGCAGGUGGCUUUCUGCGGUGUGAUCGGCUUCUUCACCUUCCUCACCCCCUUCCUCCUCCACCUGGUCACUAAGGGCUACGUAGUCCGGCUGUACCACCACCCGGACAGGGACACCUACACUGCCGUCACCUACAGUGUGUUCCUGACUGAGAAGAAGUGUGUUUUCCACCAGAACCAGGUCAGAAUCCCUGCCGUCAGCAAGAUCACCACCUUCUACGCUGGCCAGGUGGGGCUGCUGGUCAACCCAGACCUGUUCCCCAUUCCCCAUGACUACAACCACCUGAUGGGCUACGAUAAACCCUUCAGCUUCAGCACAGAGGACAUGGACCAACCUGAUAAGAGCUGAAAGACAUGCUGCUGCUCCUAGAGAUUUACUGUUUAGUGUUAAUAAAUAUUACAUUUUAAUUGUAUGACCUAGUUUUUUUACUGCAGAAGUUUAGGAACUCGUAAAAUAAAACUGUUCGUCCUAUGCACCUUCAGGGCUGCAGGGGGUCCACCGGGUUCCGGUCAUCUGUCCAUCACAGAGAUAAUAAAAAUCUAAUUCUGUCAUAUUUCCCACAAUGAAUGAUUUAUUUCUGCUGUUGGGUCAGAACAUCUUUCACACAGCUUUACCUCGUCAGGUGUGUGUGAAUAAACUCAGUUGUGGCCUUUUCGAGCUCUUGUACUUCCACUGAGGCCAAACAAACCAAAAUAAGUUCAAGUUGUACAGAGACGCUGGACAUGAUCUGAGUUUUCCAUGGUUCAGACGGGAGUUCAGUGCUCUGUUUACUCCUGUUCCUCCUGAAGUCAACAGUCAUCUCUUCUGUUUGUGUUCUAGAUGAGGCGAUUGUUUCUGCCUCCAUCUCACAAAACUGAACCAGUUCUCUGUACUCGGCUGAUACUCCUGAACCUGCAGAGUAAUCGGUGUUUCCUCUGAUGACCGGACAGAGUUGUAUUGGAAGUUUCCUCCUUGUGUGGAGUUUCUUAUUUAGCUAAUUAACUUGGUUUUGGAGGCUUAAUCAAUUGAUCCUGAUGAUCAACAACACCUGUUGCCAUGGAUACUCUUGAAACCAUUCAAGCCUACAAAGGAGCGUGAAAAAUCUCUACGGUUGGAUGUCUGUAAAAAGUCAAAUGUAAACCAACCAAUUCCAAAGACGUCAGGACUGGUAAAUAAAACCAGAAUGCAGUGAUUUCCAGAUCUCAUCAGACAUAUUUUAUCCCCAGUAGAAGGUAAAUAACAUAUCAGAUGACAUUUUACCAUUUCAUGGAAAACGAGCUGAUUCUGAAGAAUUCCCAGCAAAACCUGACCUGCUGAAAUUUGCUGCCACCUAAUGGUAGCUUUGGUUAUUAAUCAAAAUUUAUUUAUGAAGCACUUUUAAAAACAAUGGUUGACCAAAGUGCUGUAUGUAAUGAACAUAAGACAAGAUGACAGAUGUCUCAGUUAUGAUUCAUAAUG